GGAAUGAGCCCAGCUAGACUUAAUCCUUCAACUCCCAGGUCUGUUUCAUCUCGGCUCCUGAGACUGAGUAUAUUUUUACUACUUAGCCUUCCUGACUCUAAAGGAAAAGCAAUAUGGACAGCUCAUCUGAAUAUAACCUUCCAGGUGGGAAACCGGAUUAUAUCAGAAUUGGGAGAGAGUGGAUUGUUUGGGAAUCAUUCUCCUCUGGAAAGGGUAUCUGGUGCAGUUGUUCUUCCAGAAGGAUGGAAUCAGAAUGCUUGUAACCCACUUACCAACUUCAGCAGGCCUGAUCAGGCAGACUCUUGGCUAGCCCUCAUUGAACGUGGAGGCUGUACUUUUACUCAUAAAAUCAAUGUGGCCGCAGAGAAAGGAGCAAAUGGAGUGAUCAUCUAUAACUAUCCAGGUACGGGCAACAAGGUAUUUCCAAUGUCUCACCAGGGAACAGAGAAUAUAGUUGCAGUGAUGAUAGGCAAUCUCAAAGGCAUGGAACUUUUACAGUUGAUACAGAAAGGUGUCUAUGUGACAGUUAUCAUUGAAGUUGGGAGAAUGCACAUGCCAUGGCUGAGUCACUAUGUCAUGUCUCUGUUUACUUUGCUGGCAGCUACAAUUGCCUAUCUUUUCUUGUAUUGUGCCUGGAGACCCCAAGUGCCCAAUUCUUCCACCAGAAGGCAAAGACAAACAAAGGCUGAUGUGAAGAAAGCUAUUGGUCAGCUUCAACUUAGAGUGCUCAAGGAAGGGGAUAAGGAGCUACACCCAAACGAGGAUAAUUGUGUUGUUUGCCUUGAUACAUACAGACCUCAUGAUGUCAUACGAAUUUUGUCAUGCAAACAUUUUUUCCAUAAGACCUGUAUUGACCCCUGGCUUUUAGCCCAUCGGACAUGCCCCAUGUGCAAGUGUGAUGUUCUGAAGCCUUAA